GCUCGGCUGCAGUUCCUGCGGGGACCAGUUCCACCUGCGGGAGAACGACUUCCUGACAUUCGAUGCGAUGCGGCACGCGGCGCAGUGUGUGGGGCGCGCCAUCCGCGGGAAGACGGACUAUGGAAUUAUGCUGUUUGCAGAUAAGACUCCGCCCACCCCGCGUGGUAUUAGACUCCGCCCACACGUCGUGGUAUUGGACUCCGCCCACACGUGUGAUCCGCGUCUUACGUUGUGUCCGCCCAGAGAUACGCGCGCCCCCUACCGCUCCCGAUAAGAGGGGGAAGUUACCCUGUGGAUUCAGGAACAUCUAACAGACGCCAAUCUGAACCUGACGGUGGAUGAGUGCGUUCACCUCGCCAGGCACUUCCUGCGACAGAUGGCCCAGCCCUUCCGCAGGGUGAGUGGGG